CAUGGUGGCGGGCGCCUGUAGUCUCAGCUAUUCGGGAAGCUGAGGCAGGAGAAUGGCGUGAAUCCAGGAGGCGGAGCUUGCAGUGAGCCGAGAUCGCACCACUGCACUCCAUCCUGGGCGACAGAGCGAGAUUCUGUCUCAAAAAAGAAAAAACAAAAAAUUAGCUGGGCAACGUGGCGAGCACCUGUAAUUUGAGCUACUCAGGAGGCUGAGGUAGGAGAAUCACUUGAACCCAGGAGGCAGAGGUUGCAGUGAGCCGAGAUCGUGCCACCGCACUCCAGCCUAGGCUACAGAGUGAGACUCCAUCUCAAAAAAAAAAAAGAAAAGAAAUGGCGAGCUCUGCCAUAAGGUGCAUUUGGGGAUGGUUCCUGGGAUGUGAAGAUUAAGUAAAGGAACUUUGAGAAAGAGACUGCAGCAGUGCCCAGUGUGCCCCUCUUGGCACUGACAGCCCAAUCUGAGACUAGAGAUUCUCAAAGGAUUCCAGACUCUUGCUCAAGGGCUCCUGGGUCAUCCAGAGCAUUGCAGGGCAAGACAGAAUUAGAACAGACUCAAAAAAGAAAGCUGACCCACUCAUGACCCAUUCACUAUGUGCAUAUCUCUAAAGGGACAGGCCUGACCAAAUAAGAUGGAGCUGCCUUUUCCAAGACAUUAGGGGUUAGUGGCAGUGCCGACUUGGGAUGGCAGGAGACCCUGCUUCAAUCUGGUCUUUGAUUCGGCUUGGAAAACAAAUCCAGAUCUCCUUGUUGACAGAACUUGAGAUGGUCCAACAGAGCUCCUUGGAGGUAUAAGGCCUGAGGCCUGAAGCCUGAAGGGACCAGCAGGUAACUGGGCACCACAGCCUGAGGCCAAUCAGCCCCAAGCAAGAGCAUCCUGCUUCCUCAGAGGGUUUGUUUGCUUGAGGAAAGUGAAGGCUGGCAGUCAUAUUCCUUCAGGAUCCUCCAAAAAUGUUGGCAAGGGUGAUCCUGAUGAAGCCCCCUUGUUUGCAGGCCAAUGCCAGCUCUAACUGGACUGGCAAGCCAAAAAUGACCACUCUCUUUCCUGUAGUUCAGAAUUCCCGACCUGCCCUAAUGGAGACGCAACCUGAAUCCAAGAGUGAGGCAGGCAGCGACAGAUAAGUUACAGCGUGAUGCCUACUUCAUAAAGCACAAAAGACCAUGUGGUUUAGAUGGCAGGUCAUGGAAAUCUAAAGGGAAUGGUGAAGUUGCACCGUAAGGGGAAGGUGACGGAGGGGCUGAAGCAGUUCGGACAGAAGAAAAGAUCAGGAGACAGAGCGGAGAAUGGAGCCUCAGGGCUAUCCAGGGGUGGGAAGAGGGUAGCCAGAGACUCGUGGGGCGGCCUGGGUUGGUUGUGCUGGGCAGGUUCUCAGUGGUGGGAAAGUCUGGCCACACUGCCCUGGCUUCCUGACUGGACUUCACCUCGAGGGUGGGGGCGGUUUCUGCCCCACCCCUCACCCCCCUGUCCAGCCCUUGGAGCCAGGGCACGGUUUGUGACAGAUUCCGGGAAACGUUUGGUGCCAGAUGGGAGGUAACCGGUGGCGGCUACCGGGUUAAGGCCUGCACUAGGGACGAUUCCUUUCCCCAGCAGCGGUGGGUCCUCACUUCCGGGGGCCUGCGGAUAGGCGGGCUGGGGUCGGAGGUCGGCGGCCAGAAGUCAGAUUCCCCUGGCCCCAGCUCGUCCACUUCCAUCCAGCGGCUGCCAAACAACAGUUGAAAAUGGCCUGGCGGCAGCCGGGAAACACCAGCGAACUAUUUUCCAACCCCGAGAUCCCGCCCCUCUCGUUCCGGCCGUGUUUCCGUGGCGACGCUGUCCGCAGUGCGGCUGCGCAAGGGUGACGGCGCGCGAGCAAGGAGGAGGGGGGGGUGUUUUGGUUCUAGCCGCUCGCCGUCCUUGCAGGCUCUGCCGUCGGAAAGCCUCUCAUUCUCGCUUCCCCUUCCCUUUCCCGGCCCAAGUCCUUCCUCUCUCUUUCUUUUCUUUCCGCGUAUCUUUUUUCUGCUGCCGCUCCGAGUCCGGGCCAUUUUCCGGGCCGGGCGCACUAAGGUGCGCGGCCCCGGGGCCCAGUAUAUGACCCGCCGUCCUGCUAUCCCUCGCUUCCCCCGCCCCAUGUGGCUGCGGGGCCGCGGCGGCGCUGUCCACUAUGGCCCGGAAAGCAGUUAGCAGGAAGCGGAAAGCGCCGGCCUCGCCGGGAGCUGGGAGCGACGCUCAGGGCCCGCAGUUUGGCUGGGAUCACUCGCUUCACAAAAGGAAAAGACUUCCUCCUGUGAAGAGAUCCUUAGUAUACUACUUGAAGAACCGGGAAGUCAGGCUACAGAAUGAAACCAGCUACUCUCGAGUGUUGCAUGGUUAUGCAGCACAGCAACUUCCCAGUCUCCUGAAGGAGAGAGAGUUUCACCUUGGGACCCUUAAUAAAGUGUUUGCAUCUCAGUGGUUGAAUCAUAGGCAAGUGGUGUGUGGCACAAAAUGCAACACGCUAUUUGUAGUAGAUAUCCAGACAAGCCAGAUCACCAAGAUCCCCAUUCUGAAAGACCGGGAGCCUGGAGGUGUGACCCAGCAGGGCUGUGGUAUCCAUGCCAUCGAGCUGAAUCCUUCUAGAACACUGCUAGCCACUGGAGGAGACAACCCCAACAGUCUUGCCAUCUAUCGACUACCUACGCUGGAUCCUGUGUGUGUAGGAGAUGAUGGACACAAGGACUGGAUCUUUUCCAUCGCAUGGAUCAGCGACACUAUGGCAGUGUCUGGCUCACGUGAUGGUUCUAUGGGACUCUGGGAGGUGACAGAUGAUGUUUUGACUAAAAGUGAUGCGAGACACAAUGUGUCACGGGUCCCUGUGUAUGCACACAUCACUCACAAGGCCUUAAAGGACAUCCCCAAAGAAGACACAAACCCUGACAACUGCAAGGUUCGGGCUCUGGCCUUCAACAACAAGAACAAGGAACUGGGAGCAGUGUCUCUGGAUGGCUACUUUCAUCUCUGGAAGGCUGAAAAUACACUAUCUAAGCUCCUCUCUACCAAACUGCCAUAUUGCCGUGAGAAUGUGUGUCUGGCCUAUGGUAGUGAAUGGUCAGUUUAUGCAGUGGGCUCCCAAGCUCAUGUCUCCUUCUUAGAUCCACGGCAGCCAUCAUACAACGUCAAGUCUGUCUGUUCCAGGGAGCGAGGCAGUGGAAUCCGGUCAGUGAGUUUCUAUGAGCACAUCAUCACUGUGGGAACAGGGCAGGGCUCCCUGCUGUUCUAUGACAUCCGAGCUCAGAGAUUUCUGGAAGAGAGGCUCUCAGCUUGUUAUGGGUCCAAGCCCAGACUAGCAGGGGAGAAUCUGAAACUAACCACUGGCAAAGGCUGGCUGAAUCAUGAUGAAACCUGGAGGAAUUACUUUUCAGACAUUGACUUCUUCCCCAAUGCUGUUUACACCCACUGCUACGACUCGUCUGGAACAAAACUCUUUGUGGCAGGAGGUCCCCUCCCUUCAGGGCUCCAUGGAAACUAUGCUGGGCUCUGGAGUUAAUGACAACUCCCCAAAUGCAGAGAUUUAUACUAACUUCCAUUCUCAGUUUCCUUUUUUCUUUUGAUUUUUUUUUCCUAAUUGUGUGACGCUCUUGUGUUUUAGUGGGAACACCAAAGUUUGCCUAUAGUUUAGGCACUUAUUAGGAAGAAGCUCUGUACAGAAAUCUGAAAGUUGUUUUGUUUUUUGUUUUCCCCUUUGAUAAUCAGAAUUUUACUAUCUUUUAUUAUUUCUGGCUUUUCAACCAAACAUUGCUAAUCCCUAUUUUUCUUUAAGUGACACACAUUCUCCCGUCUCUGGCUUCUUUAGGCUGAAAUGACAUAGUCUUUCUCACCCUUACUUCACUCUUGAGAGGUAGGGCUCCUUUAUAAUUAUAUGGUUGCUCUCAGACUUUCUGUGAAAGUUUGAGAGCUGUGUGUGUGUGUGUGUGUGUGUGUGUGUGUGAGAGAUCUUGUCUGCGUGUGUGUGUGUGAUCUUGUGUGCCUGUAGGUACUGUGUGUCACUGAAAUUACCUGGAGUGAGGAUUACUUGUAAUUAAAAUAUUUAUAAAAGAAACAACUUUAUUCACAGAGUCCAGCUUUGGGACUAGUCUGUAUCUUGUUUUUUAAAGUCUAACAACACUGAUAAUAGGAAGUAAAAACAGAAAGGAAAAGAAAUUACCACUGGGAAAAUCUUUUUAGUUAGAUUGUAGGCUUCCUGGGGCCUCCCGUGCCAGGACUGCAAAGUGAUCCAGCCCUACCUGUCUUCCCACCUGUGUGUCCCCCGUGUGGGAAGUUGGUGUCACUUCCCCUUCCCACCCUCACAUCUGCUUAGCCAGUAGCCACACCCCUAAAACAUCAGACUCACCAUCCAGGUGCAGCUCUAGAGGCUGCAAAAGGCUUCAUGGGACUUGAAUCCCCAUCCUAGCUUCUCUCUCCUUCCCCUCAAGACCUGAUCUGGUUUUAAAGGGGCCUGGAGCUGGGAGUCUCAAGUCUGCUAAGAUUCACAUCCAUAGUCCCCUUGGCUUUGAGGAGAAUCCUCUCUGCCAUUCUUUAAUCUCCCCAAUGGGUUUUGCUAUUAUUUUCUAAAUUGGGUUAAGUCUAAGAAGGUGGGUGUGAGCAGGGGGUUUAUCUGUGUGUAGUGAGUGCUUCAUGUGUGGAAUAUUCAUUUUCUCACUGCAGCGGGACUUGGGGUUGAAGCCAUCCCUCCUACUCUGUUGGCUUAGCCCUGAGAUGGUGACAGGCUGGCCUGCAGUCAGCAUCAUUGUGCAUGUAACAGCAUCAAUGUGAUUAGUAAUUUGUCUGUUCCUCCCUUGAACUAUCUGUUUAGUCUGAGGUUUUUAAACUUGCAGGCAGCUGACUGUGAUGUCCUCUUGUUCCCUGAUUUUUACACAUCAUGUCAAAGAUAACAGGUGUUCCCACCCACGAAUUCCUCUAAGCACAUACUCCGCUUUUCUGUCAACAUCCCAUUGUGGGGAAAGGAAAAGUCAUAUUUAUUCCUGUACCCCAGUUUUUUAACUUGCUCUCCCAGUUGUCCCCCUCUUCUCUGGGUGUAAGAAGGGAAAUUGGAAAAAAAAAAAUAUAUAUAUAUAUAUAUACAUAUAUAUAUAUAUAUAUAUAUAUAUGUAUAUAUAUUCUCCUUUUAAUGGUGCGGGGCUGCUGGAGAGGAGAGACAGCAAGUCCACCCUAACUUGUUACACAGCACAUACCACAGGUUCUGGAAUUCUCAUCUUUGAACCUAGAGAAAUAGGUGCUAUAAACAGGGAAUUAAGCAAAAUGCUGGAUGCUAUAGAUGUUUUAAUUGUCUUAAUUUUUUUUCUAUUAUUAAACUACAGGCUGUAGAUUUCUUAGUUCUCACAGAACUUCUAUCAUUUUAAACUGACUUGUAUAUUUAAAAAAAAAAAAUCUUCAGUAGGAUGUUUUGUACUAUUGCCAGACCCUCUUCUGUAAUGGGUAAUGCGUUUGAUUGUUUGAGAUUUUCUGUUUUUAAAAAUGUAGCACUUGACUUUUUGCCAAGGAAAAAAAUAAAAAUUAUUCCAGUGCAAAA